AUGAGGAUUCAGUACAAAGGGGGCGUGUGGAAGAACUCGGAAGAUGAGAUUCUCAAGGCCGCCGUUAUGAAGUACGGCAAGAACCAGUGGGCGCGCAUCGCCUCGCUGCUCGUGCGCAAAUCCGCCAAGCAAUGCAAAGCCCGCUGGUUCGAGUGGCUGGACCCUGCCAUCAAGAAGACCCAGUGGACACGCGAAGAGGAAGAAAAGCUCCUCCACCUCGCCAAAAUCUUCCCCACCUCUUGGCGUACCAUUGCCCCCAUGAUCGGCCGAACCGCGGCCCAGUGCCUCGAGCACUAUGAGAAGCUCCUCGACCAGGCGCAGCGCGGGCCCGAUGAGGCGGGGCCUUCCUCCGCCGCGGUGGUUACGGCGCAGGGGAGAGUCGGCGACGCCGACGUGCCCGCAGAGUCCAAGCCCGCAAGGCCGGAUCCUGUUGACAUGGACGAGGAUGAGCUGGAGAUGCUCAGCGAGGCCCGCGCGAGACUCGCGAAUACAAAGGGGAAGAAGGCCAAGAGGAAAGCCAGGGAGAAGCAACUAGAAGCUGCCAAGCGGUUGGCUCAACUACAGAAGAGACGCGAACUCAAAGCAGCGGGAAUCGACCUCAAGCCUCGCCGGAAGAAUCGCAAGGUCACAGACUACGCCACAGAAAUCCCGUUUGAACGCGCGCCUGUGCCGGGGUUUUACGAUAUAACAGCUGAAGACGAGAGAGUGGCAAAAGAGAGCGACAGUAAGAAUCAGAUUGGAAAAUUGUUACAGAAAUACAAGGGAAAAGGCGAAGAGGAGAGGGAAGAGGAACUCAGGAAGAAAGAUUCUGAGAAAAGAAAACGAUUAGAAGCCACAAACCUGCCUGCAGCCCUCGGCUUAAACAAGAAGAACUACGCACCACCAACUCCUGCUCUGAAAAAGGCUCGUCUCUCGCUCCCGGCACCACAAGUCUCUGACUUUGAUCUGGAAAAUAUUGCCAAGCAGGGCGCUUCAGCUCUACGAGAAAACGGAAAUGCGUCGGGUGCAGAAAGCGCGACUAUGUCACAAACUCAAGAAGGAGAGUACGGAAGAGGCUCUGCAUUAGAUGAUCCCGCACAAACUGCCGCGGAGCCAUGGGCCGCUAUUCGUCGACGUCAUCUUCAAACAAUUGUUAACUUGAAGUCAGCUCAAACUCCGCUGCGAGGAGGCAAGAAUAAUCCGUUGCCACAACUUGGACUUCAGAGUGGCGUUACACCAAUGAGAAGUACUCUGCCAACUCCCAAUCCGCUUGCCACUCCCCUAUCAACUACUCAUGACUCAUACUCCUCAAGCAAAGGAGCUCAACUAGCCCAGGCGAAGAGAGAGAAGUUGAAAAGCUUGAAAGCAACAGUACGGAAAGGUAUCAGCGGAUUGCCGCAACCAGAAAAUGAGUAUGAGAUCGAAAUCGAUGAGUCUGCACUGGAUGAAAGCACAGAGAAACCGAACGACGGGACUGAUAUUGCUGAAGACGCCGAGGAGGUGCAACUGAGAAAGAAAUCGAGAUACGAGAAAGAAAUCGAGGAGCAAAAAAGAAAUCUGCUGUCUUCUGCUGCUAGAAGGAAGCUCCCCAUUCCAUGCCUAGAGAGAAACGGGGACAAAGAAACAAAUGCAGGACUAUAUCUUGUGCAACGGGACGCUUCUGCCCACGAGAUACUGCGAAAAUAUAACAACUCGACGCAAGAUACAUCUACAACGCUUAAGUGUCUUCGGACUCUCAAGACAGCGGAUCCUCUACAUGAUCAGCACCUAAAGAGUGCCCGAGCUCUUAUCAAGGAGCAAAUGAAGAAAGACGAGAAGGCUGGUUUGCAAAUGGAGGCGUUGAUCUACAGUGAACUUCGAGCCAGGCAAAUUUCAUCGGUGAAACGGACACCGACAUGGACGUAA